UUCCGUAGCCUGCAAGCUAACACAGGCCCGGUCAGCCACACCAAAGAAAAAAACAAAACAAAACAAAACGGGUAGAGUUUAAAAUUAAAAUGUCUACACCGCUGCUUCUCAGGGCAUUCGUAAACGAGCGACUGACGGCUGCUGCUGAGGAGAUAUUCGGAGUCUUUGAGAAGACAAUCGCAAAAUAUGAGGAAGAAGUUUCCAGCUCUCAGCAAGAGAUUGAACGCCUGAGGAGGCUGUUGCUCAAUUUAAGUUCAAACCAGAAAGCAGCCCCGCCACAGUACCCACUCUAUAAAGCUGAGACCCCACCUGAACAGCAGCACUGUGAGCAGGAGCAGAGCCCCAGAGAGGGCCGGAGGGACCCAGAGCCCCUGCGCAUUAAAGAGGAAGAUCAGGAACUAUGGACAAGUCAGCAAGAAGAACAGGAUCAGGAGUUCGAGGAGGCUAAUGUGCUCUACCUGCCUCCUUCUGCUUGGGUGAAGAAAGAGCAAGACCCAAGUCCGUCUUUUGAGCCACACAUUCAAAACAGUGAUGUCGGAGAGCAGCCUCAAGAACUGCAGGAAACAAAAAUCAUCCAGGUCACGCUACCUGUCGCCUUAACUCCCUCUUCACAACCUCAAAAGGCUGAAAGUGUGCAAGACGGUAGUGAGAGUAAAAGACCUGUAUUGAGUUUAAAUACACUGAUGAUAACAGUGCCGGACAGAAGCCAGCGGCCCCUUAUCACUGCAAGGGAGUCCACAGAGGCACCCCACGUGACUUUGGACACACCUGACCACCGUUGCUUUUUGUGUGAGAAGUCUUUCGCUUAUAAGCAGCACUUGAUAAAUCAUGUUCAUCGCGUACAUUCAAAAGAGGCCGGUGUCCUCUGCGGUGUUUGUGGAAAAAACUUGGAGUCUGCCGACAGUCUCAAUAUGCACCUCAAAACACACAAGGGCUCGAGAUCUUGUCACGUGUGUGGGAAACACUGCACCAGCAGCACCUCGUUGACUGAGCACAUGGCCAGCCACGCAGGGGUUAAACUGCAUCGCUGCCACGUUUGUGGGAAAGAGUGCAGCAGGAAAGGCGACUUGAAAAUACACAUGAGGAUUCACACCGGGGAGAAACCCUUCUGCUGCACUUUCUGCCGGAAGAGUUUCACCCACAGUGGCCACCUGAGGAAGCAUCUGCGAAGCCACACAGGAGAGAGACCGUACCAGUGUGAGGUCUGCGGCAGAGGGUUUCUUCAAAGUACACACCUGAAGUACCAUUUGAGGACUCAUGCUCAAAAAUAUUAAGUUAAAAUUUGUUAUUUACUGAAGGCAUAAGUUGCUCACUGCUCUUCUUGUGACCCGGGUUGGGGUGGGAAACACCUUACUGAACACCUUAUUGAAUGGCACAUCACAGAAAUGUACUUUUUUUUUCAGUAAUGAGUUGUGUAAAGAAAGAUUAUUCUGAGUAAUAGUGCACUUAACAUUGAGGAAAAGAAACUGUGACUUUAUCAUUCCCCCUGUAUAUGUCUGUUAUUCAUUAUAAUUUAAUUGCCUUGGUGGUUUAGCCCAGUGGUUCCCAAAGACACAUCAUUUGAUUGAGAUUUACAAAAAUGAUGAUCAUCAGACCGUUUUGAAAGCCUGCUGAAAUGAGUCAAUUUGCAAUAGGCUGCUAAAGUUUUACUGUCACUGUUCAAAAUUAUUCUAUGAGAGUGUAUGAAUGAACGAAAUAAUCCAUCUUUGAAUGUGUUGCAGAAGUUGUUUGGAAUGAGUAAAAUGAGCAAUUCCUAUUCUGAGGGCAUAACAUAAAAUAAUGACAAUAAAGAACUCAAGGCUUUCACAUCACAUAUAUUACUGUUGUCACAUGGAAGUUCAUAACUCUAGUAUUGGUUAGUUACAAAAUAAUUAUAAUGAUAAUAACCUUUUAUUUGUAUAGCACUUUUAAAAAACAAAGUUACAAAGUGCUUCACAGAGUUUUAAUAAUAGGUAAUACACUUUAUCUGACAAAUGAAUCUAUCACUGCCUAUAACAGACAACCCUGCAUGGGUUUGAGUCAGAGGUGUUUCAAGAAACCUGACUGAAACUUUGAGCAGUGAAACUGACUUAAAGUAGUGUACAGAGGGGUUUACAUUGUCCUGCAUCACACAGCAGUGAGACAGUGGAAGGAAUAGCGAGCUUAAGAUCUAAGUUAUGCUCAGAUCUGAAAUCCAAAUUCAGCAUUCAUUCUGACUCACAACAUUGAGUUGUGAUCACGGCUGUAACCUCUCUUCCAUACAGGGCCUUGGAAAAGCCAUGUUUGUCAAAUGCACAGAAGACACAGUUGUCUUCUGGUGUCUGGAAAAAUACAAACAUCUAAUAGUUUGACAGCCCAUCAAUAAAGUCAGAGACAUUAAAAGUUGCCAACAGUUUCCUCCAGUCAAGUCCCGCUGUGUCUUUUAAGGAGGUUAAACAUGCAAAUGACAGAUUUGUGGUUUCAAAGGAAGUGAUGAACAGACAGUACACAUGCAGGAGACACCACGUAACUGCUCUUACUGCUCACUGACUAAAUUCUCACAAACCCUCACUUCUCCCAUGACCUCAGUUUAUCCAGGAGGCCUGCUCUAAUAUAUUUCCCUUGUCUUGUUAUGCAUCUUUUUUAUAAUGUUUUCCAACAGGCUGAGCUCUGCAGGCAUUUUGAUUCUGUUAUCUAAUGUGGUUUAUCUAAUGAGAUGCUUUUCGUGAAGUACCUUAUUUUAUCAACUUACCUGCUUUUUUAAAUUAUGUUUUCCUCAUUGUGUGUCCUUAUUUUUAAGCACUUAACAGUUACUGUACAACACUCUUCAAAUAAAUAUGUAACUAAAAAUUGCUCCUUCCCUUCCCAGCCUGAGGUGAUGCCAGCUGCACCCUGUCCCAUG